AUGUUUCGAGACCGACGCACCGGAAGAGGUCAUGCGAUCACAAAGUUUCAUCUUGCAAUCUUCUCAUCGUCCAACCUGACACCUUCGAUCCGAUCACCGUCACAGUCGCAAUCGCUCAAUCGUCCAGGCACCUUCGACAUGGUCAAGAACUCAAACAAGCGAGCCGAGCGAAGGGCGCCAGAGCCAGGACUCCAGCUUGAUUACGAACCUUCUUCCUCGACCACCUCUACCACAGCAUCACCGUACAAGCCGUUCCAACAUUCGCAGCAGCCUCAGUCUCAACCCAAGAAGCGCUCGGCAGGUGCGUCUAUGGGCAGGGCAGCAAGAGCAAAGAAGGCGAAAGCCAUCGAACGAGCCGACAAAACGAACCAGAAGUUCGUCGUCAACAAGGCGAAAGCAGAGAAGAAGAAGUUGAUGAAGUCCUGA